CGUGACUUCAUGCGGAAGAGUCUUUAUAAGUCAUAACAUAUCACAACCAAGGGUUAACGCGAUCGUUAUUCGCUAUUCGUUAUUAUUUCCCCAGUUUCAUUUUUAUCACGCCUCAUAUCAGUCCAGCAAUGGACGGGUCUGUCAGAACCUCCUCAGACGCUGCAUCUGAUCCCCCGCCUUAUUUUAGAGGGAAUGAAAGCUCCCUGGUUUCAGCUCUCAAGACGCUGCUGUUCUUCACCAUCCUCAUGGUCACUCUGCCCAUCGGCCUGUACUUCACAUCCAAGACGUACAUCUUUGAGGGUUCAAUGAAGAUGUCAAGCUCCGACAGCUACUUCUACGCAGCCAUCGUUGCAGUGCUGGCUGUGCAUGUGGUCCUGGCUCUAUUUGUUUAUGUGGCCUGGAAUGAAGGCACGCCUAAAGGGAAGGGCAAAUACGAUUAAGGCGUGUCCACAUUAGCUUGUAGGACUGGCGGGGACAGGCAAGCAGACAGACAGACGGGGCAUAGAUCCACAGUGCCCCCUCCCACCUCUUUCUCACACAAUGGGCUCCAGCACUAAACUCAUCACCAUCCAGUUAGCUGUUCUGCUUGGAGGCCCUACUGUUUUCAGGGGGUGCUGGAGGCUGUUAGGUGCGUUUUGUUUUGUUGUUGUUUUUUUCACCAGUCUCAGCCGGCCCGCUUUCUGUCUUUUGUUACUUUUAUUGACUGACGACAGCCACUAUUUAAAGAGGCCUUGUCAUAAGAUGCCAUUUGACUGUGUUGCAACUCCCUCCACAUGUACAUGUAGCGAAAGAUAUUUGGUUUUGGACGAUGCACGCGUGUUGAUGUGCAUCAAACGUGAGGGAUUUGAUUUCAAAUACUCUUCAUCUAUAUUCUGAGAACUGUGGCUGUCCUAAAUGAAUGUUCGUCUCUGCAUAUAUUUAAUGAUGAUUCACGACUUCAAUUAAAAACCCGCAACAUUCUUAAAUUUCAUUUUGUGUUUUGGAACAAAAUCUUCAUGUUGUCUGUCCUGGAAAUAAUUGUUUUAAUCCGUUUGAACGUGUAAACAAGGACUUUGUUUCUGUUUUGAAUGUCUGUGUACUUUAGUGAAACAGAUGUAGUGAAAUAAGAUAAAGCUGUCUUUAUGAUGAUGAUGAUGAUUUUGGGAUGUAUUUGGCAUCAGUGUGAAGAAGAUGAAUUGUAGAGUUGUUGAAAUAAAGUUUUACAAUUAAAUGAA